AUGCCUCCAGAGUCUCUUGACAGUAAACUGCAAGUGAACUUCAACUCCAACGAACGUGAAUACAGCCACGCAGUUGGGGUCAAAUCCAUACAUGCCCAAUUCCCACCAAAGCCCACUCUCCCCAGGGCUUGCAGGGAUAGAAAGAUAACCACACGCCUCCAGAUUUGUCUAUCUGGCAGCAGCCCCCAAGAGGCCCCUGGCACCAUGGACAAUGAUGAACCUCUUGAGCCUGAGACAACAGAGGAGACUGGAACCCAGGCGACACCACAUAGCAGUGAUGAAACGCUCUACUGUGAGGCCGAAGCCGCCCCGGCCUCGGAUAAAGGGAAACCCACCCGGGAGAGUUCAGAAACAGACCUCGAGAUCGAAGAUACUGAGAAAUAUUUCACCACCGGGCAAAAGGAGCUGUACAUGGAGGCCUGCAAACUGGUGGGCGUAGUGCCUGUCUCUUACUUCAUCCGGAACAUGGAGGAGUCCUACAUGAACCUCAACCACCACGGGCUGGGCCCCCACGGUACUAAGGCCAUUGCGAUUGCCCUGGUGUCCAACACGACUCUGAUCACCCUGGAGCUGGCAGACAACAGUAUCAUGGAGGACGGCAUCAUGAGCCUGGUGGAGAUGCUACAAGAGAACUACUACCUCCAGGAGCUGAAUAUUUCCGACAAUGCUCUUGGUUUUGAGGGGGCCAAAGUCAUCUCAGAGUUUCUCCAGAAAAAUUCCUCUUCACUCGUGAGCCUUCAGCUAUCAGGAAAUAAGUUCAAGGACCAAUCUGCAGAGCUGCUCUGCCAGGCCCUGUCGGCCAAUUACAGAAUUAGGGAAAUGGAUCUCAGCCACAACGAAUUCUGUGACAAGGACGGGGAGUUCCUGGGAAGCAUGCUGGCCCUCAACGUAGGGCUCCAGACACUGGACCUGAGCUGGAAUCACUUAAGCUCACGGGCAGCUGUGUCCUUGAGCAACGGUCUCCGGUCCAACGUGACCCUGAAGACACUAGAUAUCUCCAUGAAUGGCUUUGGGAACGAGGGGGCUGCGGCCCUGGGGGAGGUCCUCAAAUCCAACAGCUCCCUGGCCUACCUAGAUGUCAGCAACAAUGACAUCGGCAACGAAGGGAUCAUCAAACUCAGCAAAGGACUGGAGUUCAACGAGUGCCUCCGAACCCUGAAGCUUUUCCUGAACCCUAUGAACAUGGAUGGAGCUGUGUCACUUAUCAUGUCCAUCAAGAAGAACCCCAGAUCCAAGAUGGAAAACCUUGACAUUUCCCAUGUGAUGGUGUCCGAGCAAUUUGUGAAAUUCUUAGAUGGGGUGUAUGCCGUCCACCCCCAGCUGGACGUGGUCUACAAGGCAAUCCAAGGCCUCUCUGCCAAGAAAUCCAUCAUCCAGUAUCCAAACCCCAUGAAACUGAUCCAGAGCUAUGCCGACCAGAACAAGAUCAAGGUCCUGGACUUCUUCAAGAGCUUGACCCCUACUGGGAUGAUGAAGAUGCCUGUGAGCGAGUUCUUGAAAGCCAUGAUACAGCAAAACAAGAUCCCCCUAAACCGGUUCCAAAUCAGGGAGCUGAUCAAGCGGCUGGAUGACAAGAAUGGCAACGUGAACUUCAGUGUCUUGGAAGUGGUGAGGCCAUAGCAACAAGUCUGUCCUGGAAAGAAGUUUCUGUGACAGAGAAGUCCUGGCAAAUCGGCCAGUGGCGAGGAGGAGGAGGAGAGCUGGCUGAGACUGCAGUGGACAAACACCGAGGCCAGGACCGGGAGAGAGCCAAUAAAGUCUGGCUUGAUCUCGGCGUCUCUGGGCUGCUGCUAGUGCGCCCUUCCCAGGGGAGCGCCCUCUGGUUUUGGGGAGCGUGUCCUUGAGGGCCUCUUUAAGAACCAGGAAGACACAUUGGGGAUGCAGUGGGGUUGCUAGGCGGCAGGGAAAGAGCCGUGGGGAGGAGGCCAAUGCAUAGAGACGUCAUGUGGCCAUAGUCAUUGUGAACUGUGUCGAGGGGAGAGAUUUCGAGGUGCGGGAAGCAAUGGCAGAGGGAACAGACGCCCAGGAGAUGCGGACAGGGGCCUUCAGGAGCACACGCCGAGGGGUCACGUGUAGGAAGCCAGGCUGGGAGGCGGAGAGACCUGGCUCCUCGGUGAGGCCCGGCACUACCGGCACCUGGCCUCGGAGCCUCACGGUUCCACCUGCGAAGUGAGACAGCUGCAACCGGUUGUAGGGACCUCCCACUCCACGUUUUUCAGGAAACCGGGGAGACAUGAGGAGCUGAGCAAAAUAGCCAAG